UUUCCGCAACAUUUCCGACAAAAUUGAUGAUGAAAGUCGCUGUACCGACCUACGUCAUCAAAAAAAUCCAAGAUGCCCGAAAUGCAAACACCACUUAUCAGUCAUUUCAUCUUAUCAUAUCAAGUCAUGUUAUUGAGGAAAAGCUCUAAACGAUACGGCACACGAUAGUUUUCUCUGGACGCCACCUUCUAUUAAUUAUUCUCUAGAGCCAAAUUCAGCGUGUGAUAGCGGCAUAAUACUGUUCUAAUCUAAUAACUUUUCCUCUUCUACAAGAGGAAACUUAAUAUAUUUCCUUCGAGUUCUCGUGACUAUUCGAUCUACAGAACUUUUAAAAUGAGCCCAGUAUCAAGCUAAGCAGAUUGCAAGAAAUGGAUGGCAAAGGAGACCUCCUCAAUUCGGGGAGUGGAUCAAGUGACGAGUAUUACGGAUGGGAGUGUUUACCAGACAAUAUUUUGCUGCACAUAUUUCAGUACCUUGACUAUCAAAACGUACUGAAAGCAGGACUAAUCUGUAAGGCAUGGAACCGUAUCUCCUGUGAUGAGUUUUUGUGGCGGGACUUAUUUUACUCGGAUUUUAAAAUUAAUCGAAGCAAAGGCAUCGCUCCAGGCAAACAGUCAUGGCUGAGUGAAUAUAAGCGUUUGAUCUAUCACUGUCCAUCAUUACAAACGGAAGUGUUGGAACAUCAUAGAAAUCAAGUCUUACAUGUCAGUUUCUCGCAUAAUGGAAGAUAUUUUGCCACCUCCUCUAAAGACGCGUCAAUUAUUAUAUGGAAAUCAAGCUACCCUGCAACAAGGAAGUAUAGUCAUAAUAUGACCGAAUUUAGCUGGAUGUACACUCAGUUUUCACAGUUCAAUAAGUCUGACACUCUGCUAUUGGUCUCAGGAGUUCAUUUUGGGGCGCGGAUGAAUGUUUCGGGCUCAGGAGAAAUUGCUGUGUUUUCCCUUUUAGAAAAUGAAUUUCGAUUACAGUGUAGAGUUAAAAAUAAGCCGUACGACAUAUUUGGAGCAUGGUAUAGUGAAGCUUAUCUGCUCUCAGGAAAUAUCCACCCACUAGCUCAUUUAGUUCACGCCUCAGAACUGUGGUUGAACAAGGCCUCUCAGGAAACUGAAUCAGAACAUGUCCCCAUAACAAAUUUACUUUUCAGAUUUUACAGUAUUAAUGCAAGUACAAUCCGAGCACUGUUGGUAUCAAAUCUGGUCAAAGCUGCACCAAUGCCGUCAUCAUCGACCAUAUCAAAUAAAAUGAACGAAACUUCGAAUGAUGGAAUUCUUAACUUUUCAGAAAGUAACAAGCUUAACCAAAAAUGCAGCAGCACUGACAGUCUUAUGAGCAAUGAUCGUGCCUCCUUAGAAGAUUUACUCACUCCUCAGCUCAAUAGAAAUAAUUCCAAUGGUUCGGAUGACAAUUUAUUUAGCAGAACAUCAAAUUCUAGAACAUUUUCACAGUUGGAAGGCACUAAUGAUGAUGUUGAUGCCAUCAAAAAUGUAGAAAAGAUGAAAGAACUCAAUGAUAACUCAACUGUGAGCGUAAAUUUCUCAGAACCAGAAGAUUCAGUAGAAUCAAAUAGUUCCACUGAAGAAGAUUUAGCGGAAGAGCCUGAGAAGUAUUUAAUUUUCACGACUGGUUCAAAAACAUGCUAUCCACAUCAAAUUGGAUUCAAACAGAUAAAACCAAGAUCAUUUCCAAGACGGAUGCCGCAAGGACCCUCAUUAGCAGAGCGAAUUGCAAACAGAGAGAGAGAACGAGAAGCGCAACACAGGGUAGAACCUAAUUGGUUGGACUUUGAAGCUGUGUCUGAUCGUUUUGAUAAAAUAGACCAUUGCAUUGAUUUACAUGGUCAUGUAAUUGGUAUGGCUCUCUCGCCUGACCAUAGGUUUUUGUACGUGAACAAUCGACCAUGGCCAGAGAAUUACAAAAUUGAAAAUCCUUUUGAGCCGCCCCCUAUUGCUCAAGAAAUUGAUAUUCAUGUUAUAGACUUGACAACGUUUCAAACAGUUGGAACUAUGUUAAGGUCUCACAAGGCUUACACACCGAACAAUGAAUGUUUUUUAAUUUUCCUUGAUGUUUCACAUGACUAUGUUGCAAGUGGAGCUGAGGAUAAACAUGGUUAUUUGUGGGAUCGUCAUUAUGAGGUAUGCCUAGCUAAAUUCCCUCAUACAGAUGUUGUUAACUCGGUAGCUUUUAAUCCUCAAGAUCCUGAAAUGUUAGUUACAGCUUCAGAUGAUUUUUCGAUCAAAGUUUGGCGCUCCAAAGCUAGGAUAAAAAAGCUGUUGUCUGAGGAGGAAAUAUCAUCUCUUAAACGGUGUGUCUCUAUAGCUCACAAAGUCGGUUACAUCGAAGAUUAACCAGAUCAGCCUGCUUUAUAGUGUUGUUUUCGAAGGCAAUUACACUAUCAGUGUAACGGUAUUUAUUUUUCAAGAUUCCAUUCAAAAUGGGCUUGCUAUCAUGAAACCUUACGAUGGAACAUUUCUACACCUUCUUUUAGAUUCUUCUGACAGGUAGUAGGGAAAAAUUUGAUUUGGGUUAAUUGUAUGACGGAAUAGCCCAAUCACUGCCUGUCACUAACACCACUACACUGACUGUUUAUUAUAAGUAGGUGGUUCUUUGGCAUCGGGGGAAUGAUAGAUUAGUCAAUUGAUCAAUUGACAAUUUCUGAAUUUCUGGACAUUCCUUGAAAAUUUUCAAGCAUCACAUCAUGUUGUAGGAAGUCAGGUAUUUUUACACAAAGUUUGAACAAUAAACAUUAUGAAAGAGAUUUAAAACGAUGUCCGGAGUGAAUUUCAUCCUGAAAUUCAGAAGUGUAUAGGUGGUAGCUCUGUGCCUGUUUAGAAUAACAUAAAGUAGACACCUGUUGUUUUGACUGAUUUUCUACCAUACCUAUUUACGAAGAAUUAAAUGAAGCAAAAAAUUCAUUUUCAUCUAUUUGCUUGAAGCUGCAUGGAUUGAAAGGUUUCGCUCAGUGUUUUUCUUGACUGAUAUCAAAGUUUUUUGCAGGCUAAUCACUUCAAGAUGUUGUAUUUGUCGUUUGGUGGGAAUACUGACAUCAGAAGCCAUCAGGUUCCGUUUACUGGUAGGAAUGGCGAUAAUACAUUCAUCAAUUUAUGUCCCAAUUAUAGCUACCCUUGUAGCAGGGACUGUGCGAAUUCUCUAACAAAAUCUUGCAUAUUUUAAUUGACAAACUCCAAAUAAAACUGUUAAAAUGUACAAAGAAGGAAACCCUCAUUGGGAUUUUUUUAACAUAAAAUUUACAAGGGGUCUUUAAAUACAAUAGUUGUUUUAAAAAAACUCUUCUCUCAUACAAAUGAUACAUUGGUUUUUUGACACUUUUUUAACGUAAAUUAUACAUUCAAAAGUUGUUUUGAAGAAUCACA